AUGGAGAGUGCAAGAUUCACCCUCCUGCUGGCUGUGCGGAGCAUAUGGAAACCUGCGCAAUAUAGUGUUAUCCAGCAUGAAGGUGCAACAGAACGGCUGGUACAGCUUCAGACAUUACUUGGUUCUGAAGGCCAUCGCAGCAUCCAUGAGAAAUACUCGUAUACCCUCGACGGAGAUGCGAGGAAUUGCCUACCUGAAGCAAGUCUUCUUCUUCUUCUUCUUCUUCUUCUUCUUCUUCUUCUUCUUCUUCUUCUUCUUCUUCUUUUCUUCUUCUUCUUCUUCUUCUUAUUAUUAUUAUUAUUCUUUUACCUUCUCCGUUUGUCGCAUAUUAUUUCUUCUUCUCGCUUAUCUAUUUUUUUAAUCAUAAUCACCAAUGUCUCUUCCUUCCUUUGGUGUGGCUUUUUUCUCCGCACUGUAAAUAUUCACAUGUGCGUGCCUAUACAUAUCUUUAAUAUUCUUCUCCACUCUGAUUUAUGA